UUAAUUUAAAAUGCUUAUACUAAACGCUCGGUUUUCUUAAAAAUGCAAAUUUCAGAGGGGUUCUGGAUGCAAGACCACACUGGACGGAGAGGUUUGUCCCAUGGCGGGCUGUGGUCCAGCCAGUCACUGCUCCACAGACAAGGUGUAGCUGAGGGUGGAGUGUGUCUCCUUAAACCCUCUGCACCCUGGAUUUAAUUUCGUCUGAUUUCCCAUUGGGAAUGCUGUUCUGCUGUUAUUUUAGCCCCUGGCUUCAUGCUGUGCAGAGCACUCGGUGCCCUGGGCAUCUGUGGCAGCAGGUUGAGGAGGAAGAGGAUCCCAUCGACCUGGGGAGAGCUGCAACACGGAGGUCAUUCCCCUUAAAUAAAUGAAAAGCCAUGCCAAAAACUGGUUGGCGGUGUCCGCAUUGCCGUCGGGUCCCCUUUCCUCAGGGGUUUUUGAGUCACAAGCUGGAGUUUCUCCUCCUGCAGCACCCGCCAGGGCCUUCGUGACCCUGGUGAGUGCCACAGAGAGCAUGAAGAAAGCUUUGUCUCUGGUUUAAUAGCAUUUGGGAAGCUGCUUAAUUGAACGUACUAUUAAUUCUGGGACUGUUGCGACACACGCAUGCAGUGAGCAUUGGGGGCUGGCGUGGAAAGCUGGGUUGAGUGCCGGCAGCCGCCCAGGCUUAUCGGCAGCCAGGACUGUGUGAGCUGUUGUCACUGGUGGCUGUGGUCAUAUCCAGGUUUCAGGUAUCUGGGAGCAGAAAAUACCUUUUUAUUUUUUUCCUUCUCUUUGGCUCUGCUGCCAGCUUCUUAAGAGGAAACAAGAGCUAAAUUCCCCCUGCUUUGCUGGGAAUUAACAGAGCAGGUCCCUUCUUCUUCCUGGUCUUCCUGGCUGGACUUUGUGGCAUAAAUGAGUAACUCCUGACUCAGAGAUUUAGGGGAGAAAAUGAAAGCGAGCGCCGUUUGACACCAAUUUUCCCCUUCCCAUGCCCCGAGCAGAGGAUAAAGGACAUCGCUUCGUUAGGUUAAGCUAAAUGGGGAGCUGAGGACACGCAGGCAUGAGUGUGAGCGCACCCAAAAGCAGGGUGGGUGUGAAGCUUUCUGUGGCUCCUGGGUCUGAAUCUGGGGGUGGGUUACUUAUCCCCACACCGGGCUGAUCCCUCCAGCUGCUUUUGCAGCAUGUGCAGAAAAACACGGUGGAAACGGGCAUGCUCCCAUGCGCUGGCCAGGACUGAUCCCGCCACAUGUCCCCGUGUUCCCCCAAAACCUGCUUUUACGCCGCUGUGCUUCUGAAACCUUGCAUUUAACUUUUUUUUUUUGUAUUUAAAGUCUGAUUUUAAAGGUAUGAAGCUGAUCCACAAGAGGAAGCAGGGGAAAUGGCUCUCAGGAGUUGCAUAGGAUGCGCGGUGAUUUUUUUGAACUAUUAUCCACAUCUAACUUCUAUAAUUUUGGUGUGGAAACCCCACCCACGGUGUGCUCAGAUAUCCCAGUCUGUUGCUUUUUGCCAGCAUAGGAAAUGCUUGUGCAAGCAAACGUGAGCAGGAUGAAGGUGAUGGUGGGAAGCUGAAGGAGCUGCCUCUGCUGGAAUUCACUUUUGCUCCCAAAACCUGUCUGUGGAAGUGCUUCUGCAACUGUGCGUACCGUGAGUUUUGCCAGCUGAACAGAAAAAGGCGGAUUCCCCACCAGGCAAAAGAGAACAGAAAAUCUGAUUUUCACCAAAUUUGUCAGAAAUUCAUUGGACAAUGCUGUCGCCUGGCCCAGGCACGUACUGUAAUUUGUUAAUAAAUUGCCCACUUUGCGCUGAGGAUUAACAUGGGCAGUGGUGCAGUAUCCUCCAUGCCGGCCCUUCCUCCCCCUUGUUAGACGCUUGGGGGAAACGUCGGCCGUCCAAUGAUGGGGACCAGCAAGAACUGAAGCGCUGCUGGUACAUACAGGAUGGGAACGACGAACUUCAUCACCCCGGCGCCCUGCCUGGCUUGAGAACUGUCACCCCACCUUCCACUGAGCUCUCAAGUUGCACCGGGUGCUGGAAACACUAAUCCUCUUGAGUGCCGGAAACACUAAUCCUCUCGGGUGCCAGAAACACUGAUCCUCUUGGAAACGGUUGACUGGGACAGGAUGUGUGGAUGAUGAUGAUGGCAAGAAAGCAAGAUGUUCGCAUUCCCACCUAUAACAUUAGCGUGGUGGGAUUGUCUGGAACGGAGAAGGAGAAGGGGCAGUGCGGCAUUGGGAAAUCCUGCCUUUGCAACCGGUUUGUACGGCCCAGCGCGGAUGAGUUUCAUUUGGACCACACUUCAGUUCUCAGCACCAGUGACUUUGGGGGAAGGGUGGUCAAUAAUGACCAUUUCCUCUACUGGGGGGAAGUUGUGCGUUCCCUGGAGGACUGCGUCGAAUGUAAAAUGCAUGUUGUGGAACAGACGGAGUUUAUUGAUGACCAGACCUUUCAGCCUCACCGCAGCACGGCCCUGCAGCCCUAUAUCAAGAGGGCUGCUGCAACCAAACUGGCAUCGGCUGAAAAGCUCAUGUACUUUUGCACUGAUCAGCUUGGCCUGGAACAGGACUUUGAACAAAAACAGAUGCCGGAUGGAAAGCUGCUGGUGGAUGGCUUUCUUCUCUGCAUUGAUGUUAGCAGGGGUAUGAACAGGAACUUUGAUGAUCAGCUCAAAUUUGUUUCAAAUCUUUACAAUCAACUAGCGAAAACAAAAAAGCCCAUCGUGGUGGUCCUGACAAAGUGUGACGAAGGCGUGGAGCGGUACAUUAGGGAUGCACAUACUUUUGCCUUAAGCAAAAAGAACCUCCAGGUUGUGGAGACGUCAGCUAGAUCCAAUGUGAACAUUGACUUGGCUUUCAGCACCUUAGUGCAGCUGAUUGAUAAAAGCCGGGGAAAGACUAAAAUCAUCCCCUACUUCGAAGCUUUGAAACAGCAAAGUCAACAGAUAGCUGCUGCUAAAGACAAGUAUGAGUGGCUGGUCAGCCGCAUCGUCAAAAACCACAACGAGACAUGGUCAAACAUGAGCCGCAAGAUGCAGUCCUCUCCAGAGUAUCAGGAUUAUGUCUACCUGGAAGGAACGCAGAAAGCCAAAAAGCUGUUUCUGCAGCAUGUCCACCGCCUCAAGCAGGAGCACAUAGAGCGCCGGCGGAAGAUGUAUCUCGCCAUGCUUCCUCAAGCGUUUGAAGCCCUCAUUCCGGACCUGGACGAAAUAGAUCACCUGAGUUGCAUAAAAGUGGAGAAGCUCUUGGAGACGAAGCCAGACUUUCUGAAAUGGUUUAUUGUCCUGGAAGAGACGCCCUGGGAUGCCACAAGCCACAUUGACAACACGGAGAACGAGCGCAUUCCCUUCGACCUGAUGGAGACUCAGCCCGCUGAGCAGCUCUACGAAGCUCAUUUAGAAAAGCUGAGGAACGAGAGGAAAAGGGCAGAAAUGAGAAGAGCUUUCAAAGAAAACCUGGAGACUUCCCCUUUCAUCACACCUGGGAAGCCCUGGGAGGAAGCACGCAGUUUCAUUAUGAACGAGGAUUUUUACAUGUGGCUGGAGGAGUCUAUUUAUAUGGACAUCUACAGCAAGCACCAAAAACAGAUUAUAGAAAAGGCGAAGGAGGAGUUUCAGGAGCUGCUCUUGGAGUACUCGGAGCUGUUUUAUGAACUGGAGCUUGACGCUAAACCCAGCAAGGAGAAAAUGGGCGUCAUUCAGGAUGUCUUGGGUGAAGAGCAAAGGUUCAAAGCCCUGCAGAAGCUGCAGGCUGAGCGGGACGCCCUUAUUUUGAAGCACAUCCACUUCGUGUACCACCCAACAAAAGAAACAUGUCCAAGCUGCCCGGUUUGCAUAGACUCUAAAAUCGAGCACCUGAUCAGCUCCCGCUUCAUCAGGCCCUCCGAACGCAACCAGAAGAACUUGCUUUUGGACUCCAACAUCGACAGGAUCAAUCUGGUGAUCCUCGGCAAGGACGGUUUGGCACGCGAGCUGGCCAAUGAGAUCCGGGCACUCUGCACCAACGAUGACAAGUAUGUGAUCGAAGGCAAGAUGUACGAGCUGUCCCUGAGGCCGAUAGAGGGCAACGUCCGGCUCCCUGUUAACUCUUUCCAGACGCCUACCUUUCAGCCUCAUGGUUGUCUCUGCCUUUACAACUCGAAGGAGUCGUUGUCCUAUGUGGUGGAAAGCAUCGAAAAGAGCAGAGAGUCAACCAUUGGCAGGAGGGAUAAUCACUUGGUUCACCUUCCUCUGACGCUCAUCCUUGUUAACAAGAGGGGGGACACCAGUGGCGAGACGCUACAUAGCUUGAUACAGCAAGGCCAGCAGAUCGCGAGCAAGUUGCAGUGUGUCUUUCUGGACCCCGCAUCUGCUGGCAUCGGGUACGGCCGUAACAUCAAUGAGAAGCAGAUCAGCCAGGUUUUGAAGGGGCUGCUGGACUCAAAACGCAACUUAAACCUCGUCAGCUCAACCUCCAGCAUCAAAGACCUGGCGGACAUUGACCUUCGGAUCGUCAUGUGCUUGAUGUGCGGAGAUCCGUUCAACGCGGACGACAUCCUUUUACCCAUCCUGCAGUCCCAGACCUACAGACCUUCACAGUGCGGCAGCAGCAGCUCCGUCCUCCUUGAGUUAUCCAUUGGGCCGCACAAGAGGCGCGUGGAGCUCUCACUCCUUUCCUACCAUUCCUCCUUUAGCAUUAGGAAAAGCCGGCUCGUCCAUGGGUACAUUGUCUUUUACUCAGCGAAACGCAAGGCAUCCCUGGCCAUGCUACGUGCCUUUCUCUGCGAGGUGCAGGAUAUCAUCCCCAUACAAGUUGUGGCGCUUACGGACGGCUCCAUAGACAUCCUGGACAACGACUUGAGCAGAGAGCAGCUCACCGAGGGUGAGGAGAUCGCCCAGGAGAUUGAUGGCAAGUUCACCACGAUACCUUGUAGCCAGCCACAGCAUAAGCUGGAGAUUUUCCACUCAUUUUUUAAGGACGUGGUGGAGAAAAAAAACAUCAUCGAAGCCACCCACAUGUACGACAACGUGGCCGAAGCCUGCAGCACAACAGAGGAGGUGUUCAACUCACCUCGAGCAGGCUCCCCUCUCUGCAACUCCAACCUGCAGGACUCAGAGGAGGACAUCGAGCCCCCCACCUACAGCCCCUUCAGAGAGGACACAUCCAUGCCCACCCUGCCCAAAGACCACUCAAAGCUUUCCAUGGAGCUGGAGGGGAACGAUGGCUUGUCUUUCAUUUCCGUCAUGAGCACUUUUGAAAGCAAGCUGAACAACAAAGUACCUCCUCCAGUGAAACCAAAGCCCCCUGUGCAUUUUGACAUUACAAAGGGAGACCUGUCAUUUUUGGAGCAGGGGCAUCGGGAUGGGCAGAGGAAGUCCAUGUCUUCUAGCAGCUGGUUGCCCACAGACUGCUUCGAUCCUUCCGAUUACGCUGAACCAAUGGACGCUGUGGUCAAACCCAGAAAUGAAGAGGAGAACAUCUACUCCGUGCCUCACGACAGCACCCAGGGCAAGAUUAUUACCAUCCGAAAUAUUAACAAAACCCAAUCGAAUGGCAGUGGCAACGGCUCGGACAGCGAGAUGGACACCAGCUCCCUGGAGCGGGGCCGCAAGGUGUCAGUCGUUAGCAAGCCCGUGCUGUAUCGGACGCGCUGCACGAGGCUGGGCAGGUUUGCUAGCUACCGAACCAGCUUCAGUGUUGGGAGCGAUGAUGAGCUGGGACCCAUUCGAAAGAAAGAGGAGGACCAGACUUCCCAAGGGUAUAAAGGUGAUAAUGCUGUUAUCCCCUAUGAAACAGCUGACGGGGAAGAUCCGAGGAGGAGGAACAUCCUGCGCAGCCUGAGAAGGACGACAAAGAAGCCAAAGCCCAAACCUCGGCCGUCCAUCACGAAGACGACAUGGGAAAGCAACUAUUUUGGGGUGCCUUUGACCAAUGUAGUGACUCCGGAGAAACCCAUCCCCAUCUUUAUUGAGAGAUGCAUUGAGUACAUCGAAGCAACAGGGCUGAGCACUGAAGGCAUCUAUCGCGUGAGUGGAAACAAGUCGGAGAUGGAGAGCCUGCAGCGGCAGUUCGACCAGGAUCACGGGCUGGACCUGGCUGAGAAGGAUUUCACUGUCAACACUGUGGCCGGUGCCAUGAAGAGUUUCUUCUCCGAGCUGCCCGAGCCCUUGGUCCCCUACACCAUGCAGGUUGAGCUGGUGGAAGCCCACAAAAUCAACGACCGGGAGCAGAAGCUCCAUGCGCUGAAGGAAGUUCUGAGGAAGUUUCCCAAGGAGAACUAUGAGGUCUUCAAAUACGUCAUCGGGCACUUGAACAAGGUCAGCCACAACCAUCGGGUGAACCUGAUGACCAGCGAGAACCUCUCCAUCUGCUUCUGGCCCACCCUGAUGAGACCCGACUUCAGCACGAUGGACGCCCUGACGGCCACCCGCACCUACCAGACAAUCAUCGAACUCUUCAUCCAGCAGUGCCCCUUCUUUUUCUACAACCGGCCCAUCCUCGAGCCCCCCAGUGCCACUCCUGGUUCUCCAUCCGCCGCCCCCCCUGGCACCCCUUUCCUCCCCGCAACGCCAGGCAUGGCUCAGCCCUCACCUCCCCGGACCCCACCUCCAUCGCCACAGUCACCCGUCCAGCCACUCCUCCCAGCCCAGCUGCACACAGAGCAGCACACGCUGUGAGCUGGUGCCGGGGAAAAAAAAACAAAAAACAAAAAACAACAAAAACCAACCGGAAAAAAAAACCCACAAGAAUCUUGGUCUGGUCUGGGGCGCCCAGUGGAGACAGGGAAGUGAACGCCGGGCUUGGGCUCGCCCUCUCCCGCCCCAGAGCAGACUUGGGCAUGGCGGGAGCGUACCAGGGCAGCUGGACUUGGGGCUGCAGGAGGAUUUUUCCCCACCUUUUGGUUUGGGCAGGGGGCUGAGGAGCGGAUCUGGCACCAGUGGGACGGUGGGGCUGAGCCAGUGGACCCAUGUGCCAGGGUGCUCGGCAGAUUGGAUGCUUCUCCAUCUGCCCCUGGACUUUUCGGCUUGGCCCCGGCGCCAGCAAACCCCCUUGCAUUCCAUGGGAUGCAGCUGGUGGCUCACCUGGCGCUGGCCAUCCUAUGUGGCCCAAGGCUCGUCCGGCACAUCCCAGCUUGCCCAGCAUGGCCCGGCACGGCCCAGGGCUCAUCCAACACGCUGUGGUGCAGCCUGAGGCCCAUCUGGUGUGGUCUGGCAUGGGCUGAUGCUCAUCUGAUGGGACCUGAGGUUCAUCCAGUGUGAUCCGGCACAGCCCCAGGCUUGUUUGAUGCAGCCCAAGGCUCAUCCCACAUGGUCCAGCUUAGCCCAAGGCUCAUCCACCAUGGUCCAGCUUAGCCCAAGGAUCAUCCGACAUGGUCCAGCAUGGCCUGAGGCUCACCCAGCAUGGUCCAGCAUGGCCCAAGGAUCAUCCGACAUGGUCCAGCAUGGCCCAAGGAUCAUCCGACAUGGUCCAGCAUGGCCUGAGGCUCACCCAGCAUGGUCCAGCAUGACAUGAGGCUCAUCUGACAUGGUCCACCAGGGCCCGAGGAUCAUCCCACGUGGUCCAGCUUAGCCCACACUUCAUCCCACACGGUCCAGCAUAGCCCAAGGCUUGUCUGAUGUGGCCCGAGGCUCAGCCGACACGUCCUGAGGGUCAUCCGACACAUCCCAAGACUUAUCUGAGAUGACUCAAGGCUCAUCUGUCACCCGGCGCAUCCCACAAGUCAUCCGAUGAAUCCCAGGACCUCCCUGGGGCCCCACCUACCCCG